CUCAGAAAGUGAAAGGCAUCGACGUGAAAUUCUCAAGAUCAUGGACAAUUCCGUGAAAUUCUUGUGGCUAGCAGCAAUUAAACUGCCCAAUUCUUCACCGGGAAUGCAGCUACUGAAAGCCCACUAUGCGGCAAAGUCAGUGGCUUUGGCUGAAAAGGGAUGCGAUUUGCCAGAGAACUUCCGCAGUGUCUCAACAAUGUGCCCCAAAUGCUCGAAUCUGUGGUCAAGUGGAGCUUUGCAUUUAGCCCUGAAGUCCUCCCGGAAGCGCAGGACUCGCUUCAGGAGAUUCGUCAUGAAGUACUACAGAAGCAAGAAGAACACGAAGCAGAGAAGACUUGCCCGGAAACUGAUGAUGCGUGCCUUCAACUCUGUGGAAUUCACGUGCAGAGUGUGCAAAGGAGUCACCAAAGUGCCUCUCAUGAGGCAAUCGAGGAAGAAGAGCGCUGCAAAGAAGGAGACGAAGAUUGUGCCUGAGAAGACACGUCCGGAUGUUCCUCUGGCGAAUCCGUCCAAGAACAAGAAGAAAAGGAAGAAGGAUCCCUUCGCCGGACUCAACAGGGAGGCAAUUGUGGCGGCGCAGAAACCUCAGGCGUCAGUCCAGAAACCGAGUGUUGGGAAAUUGGCGGCCAUCCUGAAGAAAUCAGUCUCCAUUUCCAGCAAUAAGCUCGACACGAUGCUCAAGUGA